UCUAUUCUUUGACUCUCAGAAUUUUCAGUCUGUUAAUUAGAUUAAAAAAAAAAAAGUCAUAAUUUGAAUCAUUAUUUUCUAUGAAAAUGAAUUUCAAUCAAUAUGGAUAUUCAAAGGAGCGUCGACAUUUUGGUCGCCAAUGUACAUUCUCUGAUCGAAAUGAGCUUCUUCUUAGCAUUCCACAACGUUCUGAUCUACGCAAAAACUAUAUUCUUCGAAACCCCAUAGAUCGUGGGACUCAAUUGAGUACCCCCAAAGGCUUGAGCACAGCCUUGACCGAGAAUGUAACUCUUGCCACCCAUGGUAUUGCACAUUUAGAAGGUGGUUGGCCAAAAGAUGUAAAUAUUCUCGAUGAAGAACAAACUCUUCGUCAUCGGAAAAAAAUUGAACGAGAAGAUGCUUGGGGGACACAGGUUAUAGAUCUGAGCAAGCCAACUACCGAAAACAUUUUGCAAAACUGUGCAGUUAACAUUUACGAAGAUUAUUUUUAUGAGAUAGAAAACAUGGAAAUAAGAUCGUCUUUCACUUCGAGACCAAUCAAUGUCUACCACGAUCUAUUUACUCCUCCCAGACCAAUAGCUCAACUUGACUGGUGUCCAGGAAAUCUCAAACAAAUUCUAUCAGUUCAUACAAACACUGACUAUUAUCCAAUUAAUGAUGAACCAAACGACUUCUACAUCUGGGACAUUGAGAACCCAUUGAAAGUAGUUUCAACAUUUACCGGUCCAACUUGGACAAGAAAAGCUUGUUUCUGUCCCAGAGAUGAAUGUCUUAUAGCUGGUGGAUUUACUAAUGGAAAAGUUGGUAUAUGGGAUGUUCGAACAGGUGGUCAAUGUAUUGGAUUAUGUCCUUUAGAAGCAGCUCACCGAGAGGCAGUCUCAGCCAUUUGUUGGGUUCAUUCCAAAUCAAACACAGAAUUCUAUACUGGAUCAUUGGAUGGAUCAAUUCACUAUUGGGAUGGAAGAAAUUUAAAAAAUUGGUAUAUGCAAUUCCUACUCGAUCCAGAGAGAACCGACAAACAACUUCGAACCCGAUCACAUGGCUGUACUGUACUAGAAUUUGAAUAUACCAUCCCGAUAAGAUACAUAGUUGGUGAUGAUAUGGGACAUGUUUAUGUGUGCAAUCGAAAGGGUGUCACUCCAACUGAGACUCUCAUUUUGAAUUAUAAACUUUUCUCUGGUCCAAUUCGUACUAUCGAAAGGAAUCCAUUUUUUGUGAAAAAUUUCCUAAUAGUUGGAGACUGGUGUGCAAAGGUAUGGUCUGAAGAAAAUAAAGAUUUUCCUACAACUUUGUUGGUGAAAAAAGAUACUGAGCUAUUAUGUGGCAGUUGGAGUACUUCUCGAUGUUCUGUAUUUGCUACUGGUGAUGUGGAUGGGAAUGUAGAUUUUUGGGAUCUUUUACUAAAUCAAAGAAAACCGGUUUUUAGUUUGAAUUUCAAGCAUCCAAUUACAUCAAUACGAUUUAGAAAAGAUGGAGAGUUGGCAGCUGUUUCUUUGGCUAAUGGAGACUUUUUUAUGCUGGAAUUGGAUAAAAGUCUACAGUACAGUGGACCCAAGGAAAAAGCAUUAUUAGCAUCGCUUUUUGAACGAGAGUCUAAUCGGAGUAAGCUCCUUCAAGAUAGAGUUGAAGAAAUCAAGCUAAGGGCUCAUACUACUGUCGAAGAUAAGGAAGAAAUAAAAGACAAAGAGGAAGAUUUACGAGGAAUUCUAGAAGAAGGUGCAGAAGAAGCUAUAAAAGAACCUGAAUUGGAAGAACUUGAAGGUGAAGAAGAGAUAGAAAAAGAUAUAGAUCCAGAAUUUACCGAAAUUCGAAAUGCAUUCUUUCAAACUAUUAAUCAAAUUCAAGAGAAAUGGAAAGAAAGGGAAUUCAUUACUGAGCCAAGUCCAUUUGAGGGUGAAGCAAAUUACUAUGAACUUAAAUCCUCAUCGAACUCUGUCGUCGAUGAAGGAAAGUCUGAUAUAAGUCGUGAUAAAUCAAUUGAUUAAUUUAUUAAUUUAUUUCAAUAAAAUAUUAAUAAACUGCAA